CUCGAGCACCACUCCUUGCACCACGACUACGAAGAGUACCAGCUCGAGCACCACUCCUUGCACUACGACUACGAAGAGUACCAGCUCGAGCACCACUCCUUGCACCACGACUACGAAGAGUACCAGCUCGAGCACCACUCCUUGCACCACGACUACGAAGAGUACCAGCUCGAGCACCACUCCUUGCACUACGACUACGAAGAGUACCAGCUCGAGCACCACUCCUUGCACUACGACUACGAAGAGUACGACCUCGAGCACCACUCCGUGCACGUCAAGUACCACUACGACGUCGAAGAACACGAGCUCCAGUACGACUACUCCUUGCACGACGAAGACCUCAAGCUCAAGCUCCAGUACCACCACUCCAUGCACUAA